UAAUAGAGCUGUAAUACAUUAAUCAUAAUAACAGACAAUAAACAAAACCAUAGAAACAACACAUGUAUUGACAAUCAAUUUGUUUGAUAACUGUUUGUCAAUACAUUGUAAACGACGUGAAGUUAAGUCAAUGAUAUUAUGAUUACUUAUUACUCAAGAGUUGGCCACAAGUUGUCCACAAUAUAGUGAUGUGAUAUUAGUUGAUCACAAACAGCGACUACAAUGUUAUCAAAGGCACAGUUUCUCAAACAUUUGUCACUAUUAGUGUUGACAAUACAGACGACAACAUUGGUGAUGGUGUUGAGGUACUCGAGGAUCAGCUCCGGUGAUAAUUCUGGACAUUAUGUCAGCUCUACUGCUAUUUUGUUGAGUGAAAUCAUUAAACUGAUGGUCUGUUUGUUAAUACUCUUAUAUCAGACAAAUGGUUCGUUGACAUCAUUGACUCAGUUAUUGAGAAAAGAAGUUAUGGCUAAACCGGGAGAGACGGCCAAACUGUUGAUACCGGCGCUGUUGUACACCAUUCAGAAUAACCUGUUGUUCUUAGCUCUGACUAAUUUAGACGCCGCAACAUAUCAGGUGACCUAUCAGUUGAAGAUUUUGACGACCGCUCUAUUCUCGGUGUUAAUGCUUCACAAAAGACUUGCUUUAAACCAAUGGUUAUCUCUUGUAUUACUUAUGAUUGGCGUAACAUUAGUUCAAUGGCCACAAAGUGAAACCCAAAGUCAACCGAAGGACAUAUCUAGUGAUGAGUUAGAGACAGCUAUUAGUGUUGUUAUUGACGAGCCGUUAGGCAACCGAUUGAUUGGAUUGUUGGCAGUGUUGGCCUCGUGUUUCUCGAGCGGCUUUUCGGGCGUUUAUUUUGAAAAGUUAGUCAAAUAUACGUCUCAGUCCUUAUGGAUCCGUAACACACAACUGGCCCUAUUCUCUGUCAUCACGGCUACCAUUGCAAUGUGUGUUCAGGAUUUUGAUCUCAUUUAUAUAAACGGAUUUUUUCAGGGAUAUACGACAUUGACAUGGAUUGUGGUUUUACUUCAAGCAUUUGGUGGUCUAGUGGUUGCACUGGUCAUGAAAUAUGCCGAUAAUAUAUUGAAAGGCUUUGCAACGUCCAUAUCGAUAGUAUUGUCUACAGUUUGCAGCUAUUAUUUGAUGACUGACUUUUACCCGACCACAAGCUUUCUGUCGGGCGCUUCCAUCGUCAUUGCGGCCAAUAUUUUGUACGCCUUUUAACACUGAAACUCAUUAAUCAAUUAUUUAAUUGUUUGUUUAGAAGAAUCAGCUUUAAUAUAAAUAUAACCAAUAAU